GAAACAACGCAGAUGGCACAGUACAGAGGAUGGAUACAGAAAAUGUGGUUCAUUUACACAAUGGAAUAUCAAUCAGCUAUUAAGAAAGAGGACCUUUUCUGCUCUUUGACACUGCCGAGGAAGCAUCGCUGAAGGCUCUCGUAACUCUACCGUCAUGUCUAAGUCCGAGUCUCCCAAGGAGCCAGAACAACUGCGGAAGCUCUUCAUCGGAGGGCUGAGCUUUCAAACAACCGACAAGAGUCUGAGGAGCCAUUUUGAGCAAUGGGGAACACUAACCGACUGUGUGGUAAUGAGAGAUCCAAACACCAAGAGAUCCAGGGGCUUUGGGUUUGUCACAUAUGCCACUGUGGAAGAAGUGGAUGCUGCCAUGAAUGCAAGACCACACAAGGUGGAUGGAAAAGUUGUGGAACCUAAGAGAGCCAUCUCAAGACAAGAUUCUCAGCGACCAGGUGCCCACUUAAUUGUGAAAAAGAUCUUUGUUGGUGGUAUUAAAGAAGACACUGAAGAACAUCACCUACGAGAUUAUUUUGAGCAGUAUGGGAAGAUUGAAGUGAUAGAAAUUAUGACUGACAGAGGCAGUGGGAAAAAGAGGGACUUUGCUUUUGUCACCUUUGAUGACCAUGACUCUGUGGAUACGAUUGUUAUUCAGAAAUACCAUAAUGUGAAUGGCCACAACUGUGAAGUAAGAAAGGCUCUGUCGAAGCAAGAGAUGGCUAGUGCUUCAUCGAGCCAGAGAGGUCGCAGUGGUUCUGGAAACUUUGGUGGUGGUCGUGGAGGCGGUUUUGGUGGCAAUGACAAUUUUGGUCGAGGAGGGAACUUCAGUGGUCGUGGUGGCUUUGGUGGCAGACGUGGUGGUGGUGGAUAUGGUGGCAGUGGGGAUGGCUAUAAUGGAUUUGGCAAUGAUGGAAGCAAUUUUGGAGGUGGUGGAAGCUAUAAUGAUUUUGGCAAUUACAACAAUCAGUCUUCCAAUUUUGGGCCGAUGAAGAGAGGAAACUUUGGAGGCAGGAGCUCUGGCUCUUAUGGUAGUGGAGGCCAGUACUUUGCUAAACCACAGAACCAAGGUGGCUAUGGCGGUUCCAGCAGCAGCAGUAGCUAUGGCAGUGGCAGGAGGUUCUAAUUACAUACAGCCAGGAAACAAAGCUUAGCAGGAGAGGAGAGCCAGAGA